GUCACGCUUCCUUACGUCAUCGUCUCAUCGUCUUCGUCGUCUUCGCCCUCUUCUCUAUCUCCUACCUGCGAUGUAUACGUGCGCGCGCACUUACACAUACGCGCACGCGCCUAUGUAUGUGCGCACGCACGUAUGCACACAAUAGCAGAGAAAGAGAGAGAGAUAGAAAAGAUAUAAAGAUAAAAAAAGUGAAGGAGAUAAGAAAGUUUUGAAAGAAUUACGUAAGUGUUAUUUUUACGUCAUUUCCUGUAAGAAGACAGUUCUUAGCGGAACAAAAAGCUCUUGAAAUUCUGCAGAGGCUAAAAGUACACGAGCAUUCUGAAGAUAACCUACCCAGGAGUAAUUGUCAAUAAAUAUGGACAAAGAAAGAGAAGAGAGAGGCAUGAUAGGGUUUACUGUUCAGUUCAGCAAGGACCCUUGGCCCCUAGAAAAGCAAGGUGAAGUGCUGAGGUUUGACAAGUGUUUGUCCAACACUCACAAACUCUACGACGUUGCCACUGGAGUGUUCACAGUUCCCCUGACGGGUGUCUAUCAUUUCAUUGUCAGCCAGACUCUAGUGCAGUUUUCUGUUCAAAGCGGCAUGUGCAAGUCUGAUGACAUAGGAUACUCAGACCUGGUGUUGGAGAACAUCAACCGCGUUCCCAGACUGCCCCUGGCCCACAUGAUCCUCAAAACCAAGGAGUCGAUGUUCGUCGAUAGUCAAGGAAGCGACGACGUCGAUGUGAUUCUCCACAAGGGAGACAAGAUUGUGUUACGUCACCUAGAAGGCGACACCGUCAUCAGAGGCCAGUGUCACACAACCUAUUCUGGAACUUUAGAUUGCCUGUAUUCUGAAAGAUGUCCAAAUUAGGGUGUGUAGGGGGGCAUUGUUCGUGCCUCUGUCUUCUUUCCCCUUUCUCCUAUUUCACACGCAUCAUAUCUUCUACAAUAUUAUAAUUAUUUUUUUAAUUAAAAAAAUAAUAUGCCAGUGUAAUGAAA